GGCAGAUUGGUGGGGUUGGAAUCAGAAUGCGAAUCGAUAAAGUGGAGAUCGCCAGUCGCACAAACCUCACUCGCUGGUCUGAAGUCACACAGUUCUUGUCUUAAAACGCAUGCACCAGUAGGUGAGCUUGUAUUCAAUACAACCUGCAAAGUACAUGUAGAGUCUAGAGAGGAGGCCGAGGAGACAGACUUCGACGAGUUUUUAGUUGUCCAAAAAAUUGCUUCAUUUAGCAUUUGUUGAGAAUAUUGAGUUGACAAUUUGGAAUCACAAUGUCGAUCUAUUGGAGCAAAGCACAGGCGUACUACCGCAAGAAUUAUCGCACCCUUCGGCUCUUCGGACCAUUGACGGUUUUCAUGGUUGGAGGUACAUAUUUUCUCACAGAGUGCUAUAGCGUACAGUUUGAUCGACGGCGGCAACAGGAUCGACUGGACAAAACCGAGGAAAUGGUAUCUGAGAUUCGCAGGGAAAACAAGGCGAAAAAGACAAUCGCCAUUAAUUCCGAGGACGACUUGGAAAAGACACGGCAGGAAAUGGUUGGGCAGUUCAAACUGGAAACGUAUGAUAUUGUUCGCGGUCCUCGCGAGUGGGAGGAGGGUACCACCGAGCGUGUUCAGGAGCUUUAUGAUCAGAGAAUGAAAGAGAUUGAAGAGGCGCAUAGAGCCGAGGAGGAAGGGGCAGCAGCUGCACAAGGAUCCUGAAUUGCACCAGCCCAACGUAUAGCUUGUGUCAACACGCAGUGCUUCGGCACUUUGUUUGCCCUCUACAGCGGCUUGUUCAGUCAUGCGCCCAACAGGGCAUGCAAGAUUCUCAUUGUCGUGAUCGACAGAGCAGUAGCUGCGAGAAGGCAAUGUUGUGUGUUUCAUGCAGACUUUGUCUCCGCACUGGCACACACCUUCGCAGCUUUGAUGCUGAACAGGUGAUGUGUGUAUCUGACUAUCUGGUGUUGUCCGAGAUCACCAGUACCACUGGUAGUGAAAGGAAUGGUCGUGUGAACUGUUGCUGAUGAUCUUGAUCUUCCGAUGACGAGUGCCAGGAGAACUGCUGCGCCUGCUCCUGUUGCUACAUGCAGAUGUGUCUGAAUGACGACAUGGUGAGACACAAGGUGUUCUCCUCAUCACCUGACCUUUCCAACGGGAUUUCUCCUUUUGCACAUCUCUCUCUGGGUUAGAAUUUGUUUUCUACUUACUGUAGUACUUUUUAUAUACUACUUCUAUCAGUUACAGCAUUGGGUUGGGUAUACUACUUCAGUACUUCUAUAGUAUCAUAUCAGAUUUGAAUACAACCUGCUUUUGUCAAUUGGGCGUUGAAAGUAGCAAUUCCUAGAGAACUAUUAUACUUAUUUAUAGCACUGAUUCUUGAUUCAAUUUUUUUGUAACCUGCAUCACAGAGAAUCUUUGCCCCGCAUUACCAUCACCAGCGUUUGACUGAGACGGGGCAAGAACAGGGACGGAAAGAGUGCUGUUGCGUUGUGCUUUUCUUUUCGUGCCAUCAGUAUAAAUUCUUCUGCAGCAACGUAGGGAGCUCCUCGGCUGCAGGUCAUUCGCCGUCCUCUCCCCUUCCCCGGAAAUAGUCGCCACCAUAUUACUCCAGGCAUGAGAAAUUAAAAAAUUGAAAUACGAA